CCAGCCGAUGCACAUUUAGCACACGGCACCCCUAGCAGCCGCCCUCCCCUUCCUUCCCUUUUUCCCUUCCUAAUUCCCCAAGCUUAAGCUCUCUCCCCUCGUUCGCUAACAUCCUUUCCCCUCUCGGGCCACGCAGGUGUCGCCGGGAUCUCGAUACCGACGGAGAGGGACGACUGGGCGUGGACGCCGGAGCGCCCCUCCCACGGCAGGCGCGUCGUCAGGGAGGUGACCCUGGGCGAGCGCAAGCAGUGCGGGGACGACGACCAGGGCCCCUUCACCCGGGUGGAGACGGCGGCCAGGGUAGCGAUGCUGAGGGCUGAGAUGGCGUCCGAGGAUCUGGAGGCUUACAUCAUUCCCACAGACGAUGAGCAUCAGAGCGAGUACGUGGCGGACGCAGACAAGAGGCGCCAGUACAUCAGCGGCUUCAGCGGCAGCGCGGGGACGGCCGUCGUCACCAUGGAGCAGCUGGCGCUCUGGACGGACGGCCGCUACUUCCUGCAGGCGGACGACGAGCUCGACUGCAACUGGCUCCUCAUGAAGCAGAAGAAUCCGGGGGUGCCCAAGAUGAUGGACUGGCUGAAGCAGACGCUGAUCCCCGGCUCUCGCGUCGGGGCCGACCCGAGGCUCAUCGGCGCCGAUACUUGGAAGAAGUUCGCCGAAGAGCUGGAGAAGGCUGAGAUCGUGAUGGUGCCCUUGGAGAGGAACCUGGUGGAUGCCAUCUGGCCGGUGACGGAGAGGCCGCCCUACUCCCAGGACCCGAUCUACGUGCACGAGCUCCAGUUCGCAGGAAAGAGAUGGGAAGACAAGGUGGCGGAAGUCAGGAUCGAGAUGGAGAAGGAGGGAGCUGACCUGCUGGUGCUGACGGCGCUGGACGAGGUGGCCUGGAUGCUCAAUCUCCGCGGAAACGACAUCCCUUACAACCCUGGUAAGCUCUGUGCUCUCCGUUGCCGGCCGCCUUUCCUCUCCUCCACCAAGGAAGUUAUGGUGGUGGGCAGAGACAGCGUGGAACUGUACAUCCCCGGCGGCAAGAUCACGCCCACCGUCGACAACCACCUGCGGGUGAACCAGUGCGGCGACCAAGAGUGUGUCGUGAUAAACGAAUACACCGCCAUCCUGAACCGCCUCCGCGCCCUGGAGGUGACCAACGGCGUGAACAAGGUCAUGAUGGGCAAGAAGUACUCCUACUCCGGCGGCGCUUCAUACGCCAUCUACUCCGCGGUCCCCGAGGAGAAGCGCGUGGUGGCGACGUCCCCCGUGCUGCUCAUGAAGGCCCGCAAGAACCCCACGGAAGUCCAGGGCAUGAUCCAUUCCCACGUGAAGGACGCCGUCGCGCUGUGUGACUUCCUGGCCUUCUUGGAGAGGGAGAUCGGCGACAGCAAAUACUGGAGCGAGAUCUCAGCUGCCGAGAAGCUGACGGAGUACCGGGCCCAGCAGAAGGACUUCAUGGGGAUUUCCUUCACCACCAUCAGCGCCUACGGGGCCAACGGCGCCGUCGUCCACUACCACCCGAAGCCCGAGACCAACCGGCAGAUCUCCAACACCUCUCUGUAUCUGCUGGACUCCGGUGGGCAGUACAAAGACGGGACGACGGACGUGACCCGGACGAUGCACUACGGGGAGCCCACGCCCUACCAGAUCGAGACCUACACCCGGGUGCUCAUGGGCGCCAUCGACCUCGCCAUGCUGGUUGUUCCUGAAGGCACAGGGGACUCGGAUGUCGACAUAGUGGCGCGCAGAUAUUUGUACGAAGUUGGCCUGGAUUACCGCCAUGGCACAGGUCACGGCAUCGGCCAUUUCCUCAAUGUGCAUGAAGCACCCACACAGGUCAGGAUAUACGGCGACGAGGAGCAUAAGUUCGAAGUCGGCCAGUUCUUCUCAGAUGCUUCUAACGAGAAACUUCUGCAUGAUUUCUUCGGCUCCCAUGAUUCUUUGUUUCAUAAUGUUUAG